CAUGAAAUCUACCAUCUCUUAUAUGAAAUCUGUAUUUAUUGAGUGAUAUUUACGAAACUUUCCCGAAAUCUUCAUUCCUAGUCAAGAAGAAACGUCAAAAACAUGGAUUCAAGGGAUUCAAGCUCCAGGUGGGACCUCAACAGCACAUUACUGCUGUCCGGGCGUCGGAAGAGUGCUUUUAUUCCCUAUCGCCCCACAAACACGGUGUUGACGAAUCUCCAGCGCGGAAAUACUGAGACAGACGGAUCGGAAAUCACCUUGAACUUCCACGAGAAAGCCGGCCAGGGCGAGAUCACCGAGGAGAUGGUGAAGGAGCUCAACUUCGUGGAUGCCCUGGAUCAGUUCCAAUACACUGCUCUGCAUUGGGCGUGCUACUACGGGCAGUUCUCUGCCGUGAAAACUCUAGUCCAAUGCGGAGCCGAUGUGAACAAACUCGCUCCGGACCACAUUUCUCCUCUUUUGCUGGCCUCAGCCGGAGGACACAAUGAAAUAGUGAAAUUCCUCCUGCAACAAAAAGCUGACAUCAAUCACACGGAUAUUGAGGGAAAUACGGCUCUAAUGUACGCCUCGGCGGGAAAUCAUCCGCACACGUGCAACGAAUUGAUCGCAUUCCAUCCGAAUCUCACGGAAUCUAACGAGCACGGAGAUACUGCGUACUCUCUGGCGAUAAGAAACAGGGCUAACUUAGCCCAGGCAGUGCUUGAGAAUCACAUUUUCUCAUACUUCCUCAAGUGAUUGUCCAUCGAAGACCGCUGUCUUGCCUCUGUUUUGUACAUUGUGGAAUUUACAAGAAUAUUUUUACAAGAAAGAAAAGCCUCCAAAAUUUGAAA